GGUGGCCAUCUUGAAAAAUCACAUAUUUAACACUCGACCGAGCGUCCAUCUUGGAUCAUCGGGCGGCCAUCUUGAAGAAUGGCCCCUCCCACCCCAAAUCCCCCCUUCCGGUGCCUGUUGGGGUCUGACCCUCCCUCCCCCUUCCCCCCCCCCAGAGGUCGUGGGCUGCGCGGACCCCCAGGGCUGCGCCCGGGCCUGCGGCUCCCCCGUCGGCUGCUCCAACGUGGCCUAUCCCCGGCUGGUGCUCGGCCUGCUGCCCCCAGGGCUGCGGGGGCUGAUGUUGGCCGUGGUUUUGGCCGCCCUGAUGUCGUCGUUGGCCUCGAUCUUCGCCAGCUCCGGGGCCCUUUUCACCUUCGACGUUUAUCAGCGGCUCCGGCCCCGGGCGAGCCCGAGGCACCUGCUCAUCGUCGGCAGGUGAGGGGCCGGGUUUUG